GCGGCUUUGGGUGAUUUCUUUUUAAAGGGAAACAAAGUCCGAAUUUCAUUAGUUUCGAAAUCAUUUCUUUUUAAGGAAUGUAAUGGCCACAACCUCAUAGCGUACACCCCAUUUGCUUAUGUUUUUUGGGGGGAAAAAUUCGCGACCCACCAUGUAAUGUGGGAUGAGGGUAUUGUUUUCAUUGUCAACAAAGCGUGACGUCAUUACACCUUAUAUGUCAAUGACUUAUUUGCAGUCGGCUGCGCAACUAUCGAUUUUUAGAAAAAUUGAUAUCCAAUUCAGGGCCAGCAAGGCAACAUGUGUUUUCCGUCCUAGAUAUAAUACCCAGGCAGUCAGUCAUCUCUUUUGAGAAGGGAAAAAUCCCAGAAUUUCCAUUGCUUCAGGCGAAUUGCUUCCAAUUAUUGUUAUCGAAUAUCCUAUUGACACCGUUCGUGGUCAGAGAGUUGAACGGCUUUUCAAACCACGGUUUUUGGAAUGUGGAAAAAUCGGUCACCUGUCCUCUGAUUUGUUUGAGGAAUUUUUUACCGUAUUCUAUGAGCGCAUCGAUGUCUAUUGUUGAGUGAGAUUGUGAUCUGUAGCCGCCACUUUUUCUCCACGAUGUUGCUACGAUUAGUCUGAACAUUCCCUCCGCCCACACGUGCCCGACAGGCCCAGGCUGCAGCAACUGAAGAGGCUCGAAAAGGGGAAAGGAAAACAACAGUGCCCGACAAGUGUAUUCCGGUUGAUCGGACGUGCAUAAUAAAUCAUGUUGUGGAAGUGACCGUGGCUUGUGGUGCAUACCACGGCGUGGUAGAAUGAUUUGUGGGUUUUAUCUUACGUCCGUCGAUAUAAACAGACGGGUUGGGAGUACACGUGGUGCUAUGAACGUACAUUGUACAUGUACAGUAGAUGCUAGACGGAACGAAAGUCACACGUAACCGCUGCAUGAGCUAUAUCUGAGAGCAGCUGCGGUGAUGCGAGGGUUUAUCUGGUAAAGUUAUCAGCAACGGAUUAUACUGACAUGAAUGCAUCGGUGUCACCGCGCGGUGUAUCUCCUUCAGCUGACAGAGAUAUUCUACAGCUUGUGAUGGAUCUGGGGCAGAGGGGACGUCUGUAGGAAAGGCAGGGACCAUGCAGCUUCGCCCGUGGGUAGCCGACAACAUGGAGACCGGGCUAGAAGUAGGAGAUGGUGGCGACAACACGACUGGUGGUACUGUUUUGAAUGACGCUGGCUGGGCAUCGCCGGAUGAUGUGGCCGGAGUGUUUGACAUACUCAUGGAGUUGGAUGUGUUCUUGGAGGACCAGGGAGGAAAGAGUGUCUUUGCUGAGGACAGGGAUGUGAUGAUGGUGAUAACCAAAGAGGAAGAUGGACCCGAGGCGAUGGUUCAUGCAUCAGAGAUGGAGGGAGUUGAAGAGCAAGCGCAUACUGAUAGCACAAGUUAUGUUACGGGUGCGUGCUUAGAAUGCGUGGAUGCGGAUGUUGGGUCGGCACUUAUGAACACUGUGAGGAACGGGCACGCGCCUUGUUUGCAGUGCAUCAUCAACAACUUCUCCUCGGUCAGUCAGAUCAAGGAGCGCCUCAACCACUUCCACGACUUAACAUCCCAUUUAUGCCCUCUACUGGAGGCGGUGGAGAGGGGACAUGAGGACGUGGUGCACCUCUUCCUGAGGUUCCUUCGGGACUGCGAGUGCCUCCACGAGGCUCUCAAGUUGACCGACGGUAAGGGGAGGAUGCCCGUGCACCUGGCAGCCCACCACGACCACCUCGGGUGUCUGGACCUCCUCUUGGAGUGCACACCAACAGACAGGUGUUAUUGGAGGGACAAACAGACCCAGGGUACACCCCUGCAUCACGCUGCAGCAGGAGGGGCCGUGAGGUGCUUGAGGCGUCUGCUAAAGGUGGAAGACCCGGAGGUUAAGACCCAAAGUGGUAGAACGGCAGUAUCCCUAGCGGCGCAGGCAGGGAGUGUCAGCUGUUUAGAGGCGCUCAUAGACCAAGCUGAAGCAGACCCCCAGCGAGCCGACGAGGAUGGGAUGACACCAGUACAUUACGCUGCCCAAGCAGGACAUUUAAACUGCACUCACUGGUUGGUGCGGAGGGCUCGGUGCUCCCUGAACGAUUCCAGGAAAAAAGACGGAGCGACUGCCAUGCACCUUGCUGCAGGAAAAGGGAGGUGUCCCAUUCUGCAGUGGGCGCUGAACAGGGAGCUUUCCUUCGGCGAAGAGUUGGACGUGUUCGGCCGCACGCCCGUACACUACGCGGCCGAGGAGGGUCAGAUCACGGCCCUUCGGACAUUCGCCAAGUUCACACGAGUGCAUCUGGAUGCCAAGGACUUCCUCGGACGUACACCAAGCAAUUUAGCUGAAAGACGAGGGCACAGUGCCUCUGUGCGCUUCCUGGACUCUUGCCUGCAGCAGAGGCACCCUGAUGGUGAGGGCGCUCUUUUCGCCAAGCUUACUCGAUCCAUCUCCAGUCCUGGCGGUCUGAACAACAAACUGGUCCGACGGAACUCGAACAGGCGGAGCGGCAGAAGGAAACACAUCUCAUCGGUUUAUCUCGAAGGCAAGGCGCUUACGGACACAGAGUCCGGCACCACGCGUGAGCCACCCGUGUCGGAAGAGGUCGCCAGCCAGGUGGCGUCGGCGCUGAUAUCCCAAGUGGGCAUCAUGGCCAUUGCACCAAUAGUUCCAGACGUGUCCCUCCAUCGACGAAUCAUCAACAGCCUUUUCAGGAAAAUGAAACGAUCACCGAACACUGACGACUUUACAGUGACGUUGUAAUACUGAUGAUAUAGCAAUAAGCAACAGCAAUACUAAAUGAGACAAUUAUAGACCUUUCUUACUUUUUGCCACUUUUUUUUUACAUCAACUGCACUGGCAAACCAUGGAAGGUCAAUUUUGCAAAAAAAAGAGAAUAGUUAUUGGUGUUUCUAAACAUAUUAUUUUGAUUGUUGAAAAUACAGAGUAACCAUAUGCUACCAAAGACUUGAUGAAAAUGCCUUUCUCCUAAAUAGCGCGGCUGUUAGUAACUAUGCUAUAUUUGGCAAGACCUGUAGCCAACAUACGGCAUAAAAUGUUUAAGCUUAUUGGAACAUUCUGUGACUGAUAUAUAUGCCCGCAUUGGUGGGGAGGGGGAGGAGUUUGCUUAAUUCAAGCGAGCUCGCCCCUGCAUGGUUUCCAGGCCACCGAAGUUUCCAGGCGACGUAUAUAACUUAAUGUCUUGCUGCCUCGACUGAAGUACCCACGGAAACUGAUCUCGGAAAACAUUAUGCAGCUUCCUGCGUUUCCUGUAUUGUAAAGCAUGGAAAUCCAAUCAUUGGAAUGCCCAAUCAUUGGAUUGCCCAAGGUCAAAUACUUAGCGUGUGUAUAAUAAGGGAAAGUUGCGUAAUAUUUUAAUUCCAAAAUUGUAUUUCAGAAAUGCUUUCCACGAUGCAUUUCCCCGUUGAUUAAAAUAAUCCAUUCACAAUAUAGAGGAGUAUGACUUUAGCAUUACAAUCGCUCGCCCCACCUUUUAAAGAAAAGC